CUGCUGCCCUGCAGACUAGGACACGGAACAAUGGCUUCAAACUACAGGAAAGGAGAUUCCACCUGAACAUCAGGAAGAACUUCCUCACGGUGAGAGCUGUUCGACAGUGGAACUCUCUCCCCGGGGCCGUGGUGGAGGCUCCUUCCUUGGAGGCUUUUAAGCAGAGGCUGGAUGGCCAUCUGUCGGGGGUGCUUUGAAUGCGAUUUCCUGCUUCUUAGCAGGGGGUUGGACUAGAUGGCCCAUGUGGUCUCUUCCAACUCUACUAUUCUAUGAUUCUAUGAUUCAAUGACAACAUUCCCACCUGCCUCCAAUAGACAAGAGUUCUUUCUCCCACCCUGAUCAUUCCACAGAUAUAUAAACCCCAUCUGACUAGUUUCCAACAGACCUCACAACCCUUGAGGAUGCCUGUCAUAGAUGCGGGCAAAACGUCCGGAGAGAAUGUUUCUGGUACAUGUCCAUAUGGCCCGGAAAACUCACAGCAAUCCAGUGAUUCUGGCCAUGAAAGCCUUCGUCAACACACAGGACUCUGUGAGCGGGGAUAUGGUGCUUUCUCAUGAAGCAUAUUAUUUAUUUCAGAAGUAAGCUUAUUCUAGAGUAGACGUGUAUGGCACAUUACCUUGCAUUUUAACUCAACUGACCAUAGUAAUCUCUGUCAGAUUCCUGCCUUGUUCUUUAAGCUUAAUUUUUUUCCUCACAUGCAUGGCCUCUGGGCCCCAUACCUUAGUUAGAAUUAUGUAUUGUUUAGAAGCCAUUUUUGUUCUGCUGCAAUGUAGAUUGAAAGAUAGAGGUGGCUUUGUGGUAUCCACUGAGCUGCUUCUUGGUGCUUGUACCUCUAUAGCCCAACACUAUCUUCUGAAAAAAAUGGGGCGUAUUUGCACAGUAAGAGUUAUACUGAUUUCAUAUAAUUUUAAUUGUCGUGAAUCCUGAGAUUUAUAGAGAGGCAAUGAGAAUUCUGUCAUCUAGUAAUUCUCAAACAGUGCUUUUCCAGGAAAUUCAGCUCCCAGCAUGCCUACAUUCGGUCAUGCUGGUUGAGAAUUGUAAAACCGAGACCAAAAUAUCUGGAGGGCGAAAGACUCGAGAACCACUCCCUUCCACAACAGUUCUUGACAUAUCUUGAGAAGAGAGUGUUUGAAGAUUAAAUCAGUUGAUUUCUGCAGUGUAGACAACUUCUGAACCUCAGUUCUUUUGCUGAUGCACUGUGUUUUGAAACCCCUUCUUUUGCAGUAAGUUUUUAAUAUUAUUUGCUGUUACUAGUAUUGAGCAGCCUGCCCCAUGGCUAUGAUUCUCCUUUGCUUCCCCCUGUGAUAAAUUUUAGGAAAUAACUGCUGUAAUCCACAUGCCUAGGUUAAGAUCACUAUCUGUUGUAUCGUGCUUCUACACCUACUAAAAAAUGUUCCCCAGCUUACUAUGCACCUGUCUCUCUUGUACUCCUGGUUGGUGUCUUUGCUGCCUGUCACCCACACACUCUCAUACCUUCUUUCUUGCUGUCUUGCCCCCUCACCUGUAACAGAGAACAGAAUGCCUGUUUCCUCAAGGAGGUAUUCAGAGAAAAUCCUAAAAAUGAAACACCGAGGCCACUGCUCUCCGAGACAAAAGGGCAGGUGGGAAUGGUUUAAAAAGAGGCUAGGAUAAUGUGUUUUGAACCAUACAAGCAAUACCUGAGAAAGAAUUAUUGGACUUUUAUAACAGCGUUUGAUCUCUUCCCACUCACCCCAACAAGUUAUUAAAACAAAUAGUGUCUCCCUUUCAAAUCUUUUGUGUUUCUCUCUUGUAAGGGGAGACCUCUGGCUCAAAGAGUGCUUUGCCAAGUACUUAUUUAAUCCAGAAAAUAAAGUGUGUUGUAGUAACAUAUGCCCUCUUCUCUCUUUGGCAAGGAGAAGAUUGUGACUAGUGACUGCUAGGGCCAACAGUGACUGUUUUAGUAGCUGUGAUCCAGGGCUGGUUGUUGUAUGCCUUCAAGUCAUUCUGACUUAUGGCAACCCUAAAGCAAAUUUAUCAUGGGCUUUUCUGAAGCUGAGAGUGUGUGUCUUGUCCAAGAUCACCCAGUGGCUUUCCAUGGCUGAGCAGGGAAUAUCUGCUCAUAGUCUGAUGCACAAACCGCUAUACCGUGCCGGCUAUUGAUUUUAGGAGGGGAUGCGUAAACUCAGUUAAUUGUCCUGUAGUCAUUUCUGUCAGAGUAAUUGCAGUGCAGCAGUAGUUGGAUGGAGUCAGUGGAACACAGAACGAAGUGACACCAAGAAACGUUAGUAAUACUAUAUAGGAGGGGAUGCGUAAACUCAGUUAAUUGUCCUGUAGUCAUUUCCACAGCCAGGGAGCACAAAUCUGGUUCUGUAACUUCUACAUAGUGAAGCCACAUAUAAGUAAAUGCUUUAAAGGAAAGAAACCUACCAACAUAAACUUCUUGAUGCCUUUAGGACUGGAUUCAGCAGCUACUACAUUCUUGUCCUCUUUAAGGUUUGGUUACUAACAAGAAAUUAUGGAACACAAUUUCCAUGGAACUGAUGGGGAGGGGACAGUAACAUUUUUAUUACUUCACUUAUUUAUAUAGAGUCAUUAAUAUACUUGGAACCUUUUAUACUUUUCUUAUAGAAAAUAAACCAAGUAGCUCCCCCAAGGAGCUUAAAAUCUGAAAUAGAGAAAGUAGAAGGUAGAGACAAGAACAGGAGAGAUAAAGUAUAUGAUGGAUUAGUAUUUGCAAGCAUAUUCACUUGAUGUUCUUGGGCAUGGGGAUUAUGGGAUUAAGCCAAAGGCCAAAAUAUCUAAAUGCGUCAAUCACAACAUUUCCAAGGAAAUCUAUCACUAUCCAUGAGAGCUUGGAAAAAGUUAAUUCUGGAGUUCAACAUAUCCAGUCCAUGUGGUUUCUCACCCUGAUGGUCAGGGCAUUCUGGGAUCUGUAGUCAAAAUAACCUUGUCCUGCUUUUAGUACACCGAAAUAAGAUAUUUCUAGGACGCAUCACACUACCCCAGUACUUCCAGUUCUGUCUCCUCCUCAUCACAGAAAAGCUAUUGAGGACAAAUAUGUUUGGACAGAAUGCAUCCUUCCUUUGGUAGGAGUGCAACAACAUGAGGAAAAGAUUGAUCCAUGCAUUAGUUUUGACUGGGAAUUCAAAAAAAUUAUUUCCCAAAGAAUUUAGGAAGGAAAUGCCAGCCUUUACAGGUUACUUUUAAAAUAGAAUAAUGUGAAGUCCAAUGUUUGACUUGAACUGGCAGAAUUUGGAACUGGGAACUUUCUUCCUACCUUGUUUAGUCAUUUACUGCUGUGCAAAGUACUGUUUAUCAGGAUUUGCCAGCUGGUAUCACACCUACUUUGGAGAGCCAAGUGGUUACACAAGACAUAAUGAAGCUCAGAAGUCAAGCUAAGAUAGGUUGUUUUUUGCUGAAAGGCCUCAGUUCAGAAAAACUGUGGAUUUUAGCCUUGUUGAGAUGCUGAGCAUAGAACUUGUUCUUGAUCCUGCAUUGCACAAGAAGGUCUUUUCCCCAUGGUUAUGGAGAAGAGAUCCCAUCCUUUGCUGGCAGAGGAGAAGAUCAGGAGGCGGUCGCUUGGGGGCCUUACAGUGAAUGUGUCAGAGCAGGUCAUGCAGCCUCUUCCAGUUGUGCCCUUCCAAGAUGAAGCUGCUCCUCCUCCCUCAGUGGCACCCACACUUGAGAGCAAGCCACUUCAGGCACGAGACCCAGAAGAAGACCUCCUCUGCAUUGCUAAAACAUUUUCAUACCUGCGUGAAUCUGGCUGGUACUGGGGCUCUAUCACAGCCAGUGAAGCUAAGCAGCAGCUCCAAAAGACACCUGAGGGCACUUUCUUGGUACGGGACAGCACCCACCCCAGCUACCUAUUCACCCUUUCAGUCAAGACCAACAGAGGCCCCACCAAUGUGCGCAUAGAAUAUGCUGACAGCAAGUUCCGGUUAGACUCCAAUUGCCUCUCCAAGCCUCGGAUUCUGGCCUUCCCAGACGUGGUUAGCCUUAUCCAGCAUUACGUUCUUUCCUGCACUGUGGAGAGCAAGAGUGAGGCCCCUUACCCGGCUCCUCUGCCUCCCUUACAGAAGGAGAUGGUGGCCUCAGCGGUACAUUUGAAACUCAUCCGGCCACUUGGUCGCAAGGACGGUGCUCCCAGCUUGCAGCACCUCUGCCGGCUUCAGAUCAACAGAUCUACUGAAGAAACAGAACAGUUGCCUCUGCCAAAGAGAAUGAAAGAUUAUUUGAAACUAUACCCUUUCCGGCUUUGAGGACACUGCUCAUUUUAGUUUUGCCUCAGAUGGACAACAAAAAUAUUUUUAUAAUAAAUAAAAAAACUCAAAUACAGAGGGGACAGUGGUGUGGUUUUGAGCCACUAUGGUGCCAUGUUAUUCUGUGAGCACAGCAAAUAAGUGGCUACUAGAAGAGAUCAUAUCUUAUGUUCACUCCUGUUACUCUCCUUCCCCCCUCAGCUAUCCUAUUCCAUUCCCAUACCAUGGGGAACACUGCUUUUUCCAGUGAAAUGUGUGUGUGGUACAAAAUUCCAGUGCCCAAACCUCAGGGCUUCUCUGUUUCUUUCUGAUUAUGGCUGGGAGGAAGCUCUCCCAGCUUAUGCUCACUACUUGAAUUUCAAAAUCACCAUCACACCAGGAAUGUUCAGGCAUUGUUACUGUUGUUUAUUUAUACCCAUGGUAUACUCCCCCCAACUGCUUCUUAUUUAGAUUGUUUUUACUUCAUUCUCCUUUUCCAAACUACAUUAUUAGAAAAGGACUCAGACUGAAGCCUUAAGUUGUGUAUGUAUGUAUAUGGGGGAAGCUGAAUGUGAACUUCAGUUAAGAUGCCUGGUUGGAAGCCUGCUCCAUCAUCUGCAAUGCUGUAUUGUAGUAUUCCCCAGCGGGGGCCCUCUAGACAAUUUAGACUUCACUUCUCAUUAUUGAACUGGUUGAUGAGUAUCUGGUUGGAGAAGUUUGGAUAGGGAUCCUAUCCCUACCAUGAAAUUGCUCACCUGAGUGAAUGUGGACUUAAAUCAAAAUGGAUCUUUUCUCUCCAUUUCCCUUUUGAAGAGAAGGCUCCCAGUAUUAACCUGUUGCAUGACAUCCCACUGAUUGGCUCUCAAACCAACAACAGGAAAUGGUUCCUGAGUUCCUGUCGCACAAAACUUAAGGGUAUGUUUUGGUGGGAUGAUCACACACGGACUAUUGGUUAUAAAGGUGAUUCCUACUAUAUUGCAGCUGCAACACAUCUUUGUUUAUUUUCCUUUGCUGAGGGAAGUAGCAAAACCCAGGCACCUCCCCACUCACCAUUAUUUCACUAGUGUCAGCCAAUCAGUUGAAUGUUAUGCCAUUGUUACAUCAGUCUGUUAGUUCCAUGGUGAUUCACCAUGGAGAACAGGAUCAGAACAGGAUCCUAUUGUAUCCAGUCCUAUUUUGCUUGUGGAGCUUUGAAUCGUGGCCUAAAUCCAGUAUUGGUGUUUGAUUUUUAUACUGGAUUUUUUAGGGGAAUUACUUCCUUAAAAUCCUUUCUUGCUUUCAUAAAAUUGACCUAUGGACACUUACUAACUUUGAUGCUGCAUCUUUUAUAAAGGGCCAAGAAAGCAAGAAAGAAUUGUCCAUCUUGUUUGUACACAAUAUCCAACCAGUCCUUGUUUAACUUGUAUUUAUUAGGGUUGAGGUGAAUGCACCAGGGUUGACUGUUUAAGAGUAAGAUAACCCCUUGGUGUUAAUUUGCUUUCCACUCCUUCCUCAGACUCAUUCAGGGUGAUUGGUAUGGGGGAGGUGUAGCACCUCUCAUUUAAGCUCACCUUCUGAACCAGAAGGGCAGUUCAAUGUAUUGGGAAGCUUUUCAAGAGAAGAGGUGAGGUAGCAAACUAGAUGCCGUUGGCUCCCAUCUCUAGUGACCCCAUGAUUGUGCUUUUGGUGACUCCAUUCAUUUGUCCACCAUCCCCAAUGGACAUUGGCUACCAUGCAUUCUCUUAAGAUGGAAGGUUCAUACAGUCUAAGAAUUCGGUUGUCUUCCAUUAAAUGUCUUAAUUUCCUAGGACAGUCAAUGGAUAUACCUGCUUUUAUAGGCCUAUGGCUGAGUUUGAGAAAGAUGCCUCUACUAUGAUAGAGGGUGAAAAGCAAGGAUUAAGACCAGACUUCCUCAGUGGCCAUGCUGGCAGCAAUAAUCUAACACAUGUGGAAGACAUCAGGUUGGGGAAGUAGAAAUCCCAGGGCAACCUGAAGGAAAUGUUAGGAGCAAGGUGCUCCUAUCAGCAAUCUAACAUGACCUGCUGUAUUUAGUCAUUGUCCUUUUCUUUUCAUGUCCCCCCCACCCCAAUCCCAGCAUUUGUUAUUUCUGUUUUUCUUUUGGUUACUUUCAUAAUUGCUGGAGGAUGUGUGCGUGUGUGGUAUCUGGUUUGUUGAACAAUGAGUUCUCGCCACUUAUGUACUAUGGCAGGUGCUAGAGCAAGAGCAAAUGAAUGAGAAAAGAAAAUAUAUCGAAACAAAACAAAAUACAAUAAAUCUUAUUUUUAAAUAUAAA